GAACAAGCCCGUGCUAGUAGUUAUACUUACUUGUUGCAAGGAGACAACGGGCGACCCCGCACAUGCGCACUUACCCUCAUUGAUUUUUCUCACUUUGACAGUUCCUACCUAUGUUUUGAGCCAUCGCUCGCGUACCAACAACAAAGUAAACAAAAAAUGGCUUUAGAUUUUUCUGCAACAUAUAAAUUACUAGUUUUAGGCGAUUCUAAUGUUGGCAAAACGUGUAUUGUGCACAGGUAUUGUGAUGAGAGAUAUUACGAUAUAUACAUAUCUACUAUAGGCAUAGACUUCAAACAGAAGAUAAUAAAUUUAGACGGCGUGCCAAUCAAACUCCAAAUAUGGGAUACGGCCGGACAGGAGAGAUUUCGAACACUGACCACUGCGUACUAUCGCGGCGCUAUGGGCAUUAUACUGAUGUACGACAUCACUAAUCUCGAGUCAUUCAAUCAUCUCUCUUAUUGGCUGAGAAACAUCCAAGAGUAUGCAUCCCCCGAUGUCAUCAAGGUGUUAGUUGGUAAUAAGUGUGAUGUGCACGAGAAUCACAGAGCAGUUCCCAAGGAGAGAGGCCAAAAGAUAGCAGAUGACUUCGACAUGCCGUUCUUCGAGGUAUCGUGUAAAAGCAACAUAAACAUCGAAGAAGCAUUUCUGACGCUAGCCAGGAAAAUCAGAGAAUACCGGGAGACCAAGGCGGACGCUUUCGAGCUGAAGGAAAGAGACAACGUAAUAAAGCCUUCUGAAUCUGAGACAGACGUGUCAAAAUGUAGCUGUUAGCCUAAUGUACCUACUUGUAGCAUCCCCGCGUUCACGUAGACCGCAAUUGUUUGAACCAUAUGAUGUGGGCUAUAUUUCCACCUGAGAUACGGGUUUGUCUUAUUUAUUAGGUACUUAUUUGAGGUUUUGAUGGCAAGAAUAUAGCCGGUAUGACUGUAGAUACAAUAGACCUCGCCCUCAUGAUUAGGACAUAAGAAGAGAUUUCUUUUUUAAUCCUACUUAAAUCAAAAUAAAGUAAAUAAAGAAACAAGUAGAUCUUACUUGGAAUUCCCAGAAGUCAGUUAGAAUCCAAAGAAUAACAGAAGAAACAGACUUAUAUCUCAGAUGUAAAUAUUGGCGAGCGCCCAAACCGUGCGUCAGGACGAUCAAAGAAAAUUCGUUUUCUCAUUGGCCAACGAUUCCUAAGUUCGCUGACUAAUCAGAAAACGGCUUCUCUAGUCUUGGAUUGAAGCCCUCUUACCGCUAAAAAUAACAUUUAGAUUUUAGUUCAAUUUGUCUUCUUAUAAUAACGUUUUAAAAAUGUAGUUCACCGGUAAGGGGGUAGGAGUGAUCGCUUUAUGCAUUCUGUGUGCUAUCUUAGCGGCCCAGUGCGCACUGUCGUUAAUUUCAGGUACAGAAUUUGAGGUUUGCCACAGGGGUGCGUCCUGGGUCCACGGCAUAUAAGACCCGCUCUAAAGCGCGAUUUUAAGUGCACCCAUAAAUUAAAUGAAUUAUUUACGAAAAUUCUCAUUUCAUACGUUAUUUUAUUUGAAGUGCAACUUGAGAUACUCUAUAAGACAACAGAAGGUAAAUAGAUCCAGCUUUAAAGCUUAUUAGUGAAAUUUGGUACAAUACUAGAUAGAUAUAAAUAGAUGUAGAUUUCAUUACUUAUUAAGCCUACUAUACCUAUACCUACAUAUUCAUUAAAAUGUUUGAAUUUCAUGUAGUUAAUCAAUAUUGUCUGUCAAUUUUAAUAAGGAAAAGCUAUCAACUUUCACUAAUAAAGAUGGUUAACCACAUAUCUCUAAUACGACUCGGAUGGUUUCUGGAUUGAGUGGAUGGUAGAUAUUUGCCAAAUGAGUAGAUACGUUUGUACCUACCCAAUUGAACAACGAUAAAAAGUUGGUUCUAUUCACCUUCUUUACACCUUUACCUAGCGCUGUAGUUAGGUUUGAAAAUAAAAACGUAUUAAAAAUGAAGCCUACGAACUAUCAGACUUGCUCAGCAAAUAUUAUAGAAUCAUGCACAUUAUUAUAUCUAACGAAUUUAAAAAAAAUAUAUAGGAAAUCGUUUUGUAUUAGAUGCGUUUGUUAAUAACUGCAUUUUCAUUCGGCGAAAGGCGUUACAACUAAUGCGAUUGUAUUGGAGAAAAUAUUCUAAGCUUUAGAUGUUAGUAAGUUAUUAGUCAAAAAGUUGAUACCGUUUAAGAAAUAAAGUAAUCAUAGUAUGUAUUAAAAUAUCAGAGGUUUUCAUAAUCAACUCUUUAUACCUAAGUAUCAUCGACAUCUUACCCUACUAGGUACGGUGGAGGACAGACCCGCCUGAUCAUUUUAAAAUUUUAUUGCUUGAACCCAGCAAAAAUAAAGCCAUACCCCAAACAAAUAUCUCAUCGAAUGGAAAAGCGAUAACGUCGCAGCCUAGUGGCGCAACACGUGUAUCCCCUUUGUCAGUGGUGCGUUUGAUGUUGUUCAGCUACCUGUAUUGGUGGCGCCACCGCUGCGUUUCAUUCCUCAAUUCAAGGCAAGGCUAGAAAGCGGAUAUUGAAAAAUACAUGUUGAUGCAGAGAAUCAUCAAAGGGCUGGUCCCGAGACUGCUGGACAGUAUAAAAAGAAAUGUCGCCGGAAAUUUCAUUCUUGUAUACCUACCAACAUAUGAGAAUAAAAUUAUGUCACUCAAUUUUAUUAUUUUUGCAAGUUAUAAUUAUUUCUAAAUAAUUAAUUGUAUCAUUCAAAUAACUUUGACAUGACCGUUUUAAUGUUGCAUGAAAAAAAGUUUUGAACAACGAAUUAAUUAAAUUAUGAAUAUUGUCCACAUUAUUUAUUAUUGAUUGUUAUACCUAAUAAUAAGAACCCGUUUCAAAGUCUGAUUCAAUUACUGUUAGUCUAAUUGAGGACUGUACGACAAUUUGACAAAUAUGUAUAUAAAAUAUAAGUCAGUUCUUAAACUUAAUCUGACUUUGUGAAACAGGCCCCAAUUAUUCCUAUAAUAACCAAUAAAACUCGUAGAAUAAAAUGGCGUUCUCAUUAGAUCACUUCAUGAUAGAUUAGUCAUAAUCUGAGUGCCCAGGGCGAGUUUAUUUUACGCUAACGUAAUCGAUGUUAAUGUCGUUCGACGCUCUGAUUGGUUGCUCAUAUUUCACCAACCAAUCAGUACCCUUAGUAAGAGUUUACUUUGCGUUUAAAGUAAUCGAAACGAGAGCAACUCGGCCCUCUGAUUGGUUGGUUUAUUCGCUCUAAUUGAUUGCUUAAACGUAAAUCAACCAACUAAUCAGAAGCCUAAACAUGGUAACGUUUCAAUCACGUUAACGUAAAAAUAUCUCGCACUCAGUACAGUGUUGUAUUAUUAAGCUUACUCAUUGUUUUGUUGUUUAAUAAUAUAUUGUUAGUUGCAUCUCCAAUAAAACGCACUAGCUGUAACAUUACUACACUAGCACAACUAAUCUAAUAUUAGAUUUUAACAGUUCAAUGUAUAAUAAAAGUUUUAAUAUAAAAUCAA